AUGGGAUUCUCCGAAGCCUCUGGGUCUGUGCUCUCCUUUUGGGUGCUCUUCCCUGCACUCCCCCUGAUGCUGCUCGGCUGGAUCUUGCUAUCUCGCCCACGGCGGCCGCCGCUGCCCCCGGGUCCCCGCCAGCUUCCCAUAAUCGGUAACAUGAACAUCAUUGACCAGCUGACCCACCGCGGGCUCGCCAAGUUGGCCGAACGCCACGGGGGGCUUCUUCACCUCCGUUUGGGCUUCAACCACACCGUCGUCGUUUCGUCCCCUGAGAUGGCGCGCCAGGUCUUGCAGGUUCACGAUCACGUCUUCUCUAAUCGCCCCGUCACCUCCACCAUCCGCUACCUCACUUACGACCGCAGCGACAUGGCCUUCGCCCACUACGGGCCCUUCUGGCGCCAGAUGCGGAAGCUCUGCGUCAUGAAGCUCUUCAGUCGCCGCCGUGCCGAGUCCUGGGCUUCCGUGCGCGACGAGGUCGACGCCGCCGUGCGCGUCGUGGCUGCUGGCGCGCCUGGCGCGGCGGUUAACGUCGGCGAGCUCGUCUUCAACCUCACCAAGAACAUCACGUAUCGCGCCGCCUUCGGCUCGAGUGCCCUCGAAGGGAAGGACCAGGAUGAGUUUAUCUCCAUCCUGCAGGAGUUCUCUAAACUCUUUGGGGCAUUCAACAUCGCCGACUUCGUCCCAUGGCUCGAGCCGCUAGACCUGCAGGGAAUCAACCGGCGGCUCGUGAAAGCCCGGUCAGCGCUGGACAGCUUCAUCGACAGGAUCAUCGAUGAGCACAUCGCUAAUCCCAAGUCAACUGACGACCCUAAUGCCGAUAUGGUCGAUGAUAUGCUCGCCUUCCUCGGAGAAGCUGGCGGCGCCACCACUGGGUCAGACGAGCUACAAGGAUCCCUCAAGCUGACGAGGGAUAACAUAAAGGCGAUCAUUAUGGUAUUUAUUCAUCUGCGUGAAUUCACUUUCUUGCAAGGUUCCACGCUCUUUAUUCCAAUGGUCGUUGGAUCUAAGAUCUUCACUUUCUCUUAUCUUGGAAUCGUCAACGUUGUUCGUUUCUUAACAUGUUUUUUAACGAAAAAACAGGACGUCAUGUUCGGGGGCACGGAGACGGUGGCGUCCGCAAUCGAGUGGGCGAUGGCGGAGCUGAUGAAGAGUCCAAAGGACAUGAAGAGGGUGCAGGAUGAGCUAGAAGCGGCGGCGGGGCUUGAUCGGAAGAUCAGCGAGGGGGAUCUGGACAAGCUCCCCUACCUAAGGUGCUGCAUCAAGGAGACCCUCCGCCUCCACCCGCCGAUUCCUCUCCUCCUCCACGAGACCGCCGAGGACUGCGAGGUGAGCGGCUACUGGGUGCCGGCGCGCACGCGGGUGAUGAUCAACGCGUGGGCCAUCGGCAGGGAAAAGUCGGCGUGGAAGGACGCCGACUCGUUCAUUCCCUCCCGCUUCGCCGACGACCCGAGCGCGCCGGAUUUCAAAGGCAACUGUUUCGAGUUCAUCCCCUUCGGUUCGGGCAGGCGGUCUUGUCCCGGCAUGCAGCUCGGUCUCUACGGCCUCGAGCUCGCCGUGGCGCAGCUCCUCCACUGCUUCGCGUGGGAGCUCCCCGGGGGAAUGAAGCCCUCCGAGCUCGACAUGACAGACGUCUUCGGCCUCACCGCCCCCAAGGCUGUCCGCCUCUCCGCCGUCCCCACUCCCCGCCUCGCCUGUCCCAUAUAA